AUGCUGCAUCGUAAAAACUGGAAAUAUGUUAAUGGUCAAAUCAAAAAUUCGCUAGGAGCACGUUCGGCUUAUCUUGGUAACACGGAAUUUCACAGGACUCGUAGAACGGCUGGUCUUGGACAUGCAAACAGUUUAAUUAACUUAAUUGGCCUGGCCAGUUAA